CCAAGUGCUCUCCCGUCAACUCCGGUACUCCACCAGAACGAGGAGUGCAAGCGCAGUCGACGUCAAGCGGCAGAGUGUUAGCUGUCAACUUACCGCAGUGAGGAUGCCAGGUGUCAAGAUGGUGGUUCUCUCCAAGGAAUACAGCUAUGUGGUCCUGACCGGUGUUGCCGGAUUUAUCAUGAUAACACACCUUGCUGUGAAUGUGGCAAAGGCACGCAAGAAGUACAAGGUGGAGUAUCCAACCAUGUAUAGCACAGACCCUGAACAUGGGCAUCUCUUCAACUGCAUCCAGCGUGCACACCAGAACACACUGGAAGUUUAUCCCUCCUUUCUGUUCUUCCUAGCUGUGGGCGGAGUCUACCACCCGCGUGUCGCUGUUGGGCUUGGCAUCACCUGGAUCAUUGGGAGAGUCCUCUAUGCCUAUGGCUAUUACACAGGAGAUCCUGGAAAGCGAAACAGAGGGGCCAUUGGUUCGGCUGCACUCAUUGGAUUGGUGGGGAACACUUUGUACUCAGCCUUCCAGCACCUUGAGUGGGUCUCCAGAGAGUAGCCAGCCUCCAUCCCCUUCACAGCUUUGUGGAGAAUCUCCAAGGUGUAGAAUGGUGGGAGGGUUCGGGGGAAGGUGUUUUUGGAUAAUAAACUUAACUAGUUUUUUCCUAAUUAAAAUUAAAAGGAAUUGUUUUCAUCUUGAAA